AUGAAUCCAUUAGAGUUCAAUGGUUCUAAACUAGAUGAGGAUCCUAUGGAGUUUAUCGAUGAGGUGUACCAAAUUAUGGCCAUCAUGGGUGUGCCACCAAAAGAGAAGGCUGAGAUAGUGGUAUAUCAACUCAAAGAAGAGAAGUUGACGGAGAGGUAUUGGGGGUUCAAGAAAGAUAGAGUAGAUGGUGGAGGAUUCAACCAUCAAAGGUCCGAUUAUGGUAGCAAUGGCAAAGGCAAAGGUGGGCAACAGUUUAUGGGACAAGGUUCCAUUAAUACUCCUCCUCCCAAGUUCAAUAAGAAAAAAGGUCUCAACCUAAUGGUUCCAAGAGAUAGCGCUGGUACCCAAGCUUUUCCCCUAUCUAAAAGGUGUGGGAGGACCCAUAAAGAGGAGUUUUUGGCGGGCUCAAAUGCGUGCUUCAAAUGCGGUAAAUGGAGUCACCAUGCUUGGGAUUGUAGUGGUAGUGUAGGUGGUAGUCCUCAAGGCCAAGUUUCUCAUGGACAACAAGCUCAAGUAGGUGGACAACGCACCAACCAUUUCUAUGUGUUGCAUGGGAGGCAAGAGGUUGAGAAAACCUCAAAUGUUGUUAUCAGUAUUUUAAAGGACUUUACUUUUGAUGUAUAUGUGUUGUUGGACCCGGGUGCAAACUUUUAA